AUGAUUGAUCAGUUGAAGGUUAUUCUGCAAGACAAUUUUAAAAACAAGGAUCUUGGUCACCUUAAAUAUUUUCUUGGAAUUGAAGUUGCUAGGUCCUCUGAAGGGAUUGUUUUGAAUCAAAGAAAGUAUGCACUUGAGUUGGUUUCAAAGGUUGGAUUAUCUACUGCGAAGCCUGCUGACACCCCUCUUGAACAGAACUUGAAAUUGACUUCAUAUGAGUUUGAUCAGAAAUUUCCACUAGAUGAAAAAGAUGAGUUGUUAACAGAUCCUAGUAUGUUUAGGAGAAUGGUAGGAAGAUUGUUAUAUCUGACCAUGACUAGGCCUAACAUUUCGUUUGCUGUCCAGACCUUAAGUCAAUAUAUGCAGUCUCCUAAACAAUCACAUCUCGAAGCAGCAUCAAGAGUUAUAAAAUAUGUGAAGAAGGAGCCAGCUCUUGGGUUGCUUAUGUCUGCAAAAAGUACAAAAGAGCUGGUAGCAUUCUGUGAUUCAGAUUGGGCUUCUUGUGCUGUUAGUAGAAAAUUAGUGUCAGGUUAUUGCAUUAAGAUGGGAGAUUCUCUUCUAUCUUGGAAAUCAAAGAAGCAAAAUACCAUUGCAAGAUCAUCUGCAGAAGCAGAGUAUAGAAGUAUGGCUGGAACCGUUGCAGAAUUGAUUUGGUUAAUUGGUUUACUUAAAGAACUUGAUGUUGAAGCCAAAAUUUCAGCAUUGCUUUACUGUAAUAACAAAGCAGCUUUGCAAAUUGCAGCAAACCUCAUGUUUCAUGAAAGAACAAAACACAUAGAGUAG